CUUUGCUAUUUUCUUUAAUACUGUACAGUAGGUUCAGUCUUUGGCCUAUUUGUCUUUAUGACAAAUUGCAACCAUAACAGCUUGUCAGAUAAUAGUUUAAUCUUACGUUUUUCUACAGGAAUCGUGAAAAGAAUUUAAUGGUAUUUAUGUACAACAUUCAUGCUUUUCUUAUAAAACAGAAACUGGAGUACAUGAUAUUUGUUAUUGAGCAAAAAGGUACAGAUAAUUUCAACAGAGGAAAGAUUUUUAACGCAGGCUUCCUCGAAAUGAAGAAAUUCGGGAAAUGGCGUUGCGUGAUAUUUCAUGAUGUGGAUCUGUUACCAUUGGACGACAGGAUCCUGUACUCUUGCCCGACAUGGCCUCAGCAUAUGUUCGCGACUGUUGUGGAAGUUACCAAUCCAAAAUUCCGGUCUCUUUUUGGUGGAGUAGCUGCGAUGGAUGUCAAACAAUUCGAAAUGGUUAAUGGGUAUUCAAACUUGUAUUGGGGAUGGGGGGGAGAAGACAACGACUUGUUCUGGAGAAUCCGAGCUUCAGGUUUACCAGUAGUGAGAAAUAGCAAAACGAUUGGCCGUUACACGUCAUUAGAGCAUUCGGCACAGUCUCCGAAUCCACUUCGGUUUUUCCUAUUGGCUACCAAGACGGAACGUUUCAAAAAAGAAGGGUUAUCAAGUUUGAAGUACAAAGUGGAUUCGGUCACGCUGCAUCCUCUUUAUACACUUAUUACUGUCGAUAUAAAUCCAGAUAAAGAAAAUACUACGGAAAUUAUAUCGAAGUGGAUAACGUGAGACAAAUUAUUAGAGAAAAAGAAAAUAAAAUAAAUAUUUUAUAUUUGCCA